UCACAGCUGCACCCUCAGUACCGCGUCGCGCGCAGCCAGAUCAGACCCAUAUCUCGCACACACCACCACCUAUCGCAUUUCCAGGCACACGCAUACUAUCUAAAAUGCCGCCGAAACGACGAGUCUCUGGCCCCACGGCCAAGUCGCAGCAGUCGACCCUCGCAUUCCACGGAGGCGCCAACAAAGUCACAAAGCCUGGCGCAAGAGCGCAGGACGCGAAGAAGGACGUCCUAUUGAAGAGCGCAACGAAGGCCACACAAGCAGAGGUCAUCGAUCUUGAGACUGUUGAUGAAGUGAAGCCCACGACCGUUGAGGCUGACAUAAUCGGUCAAGUCGAAAAGGAAGUCGCAGCGCAAAAGGUCGAAACCGCACCAGAAGACGAGGCUGCGAGGCGCAUAACAGAUUCCACGAUCAAAAAGUACUGGGCAGCGAAGGAGAAUCAAAGAUUGGCUCCUAGAGUCCACCAGAAUGACCUGAGCUUGCACGAGAAGGUGCUGCGGGAGUUCGAUAUGAGCGCACAGUAUGGCCCCUGCACCGGUAUUGCUCGACUGAAGCGUUGGAAGCGUGCGAAUCGCUUCGACCUCGACCCUCCAAUCGAGGUGUUGGCCGUUCUCCUGAAGGAGCAGGAAGGUGUCAAGGACAAGCUCGCAGUCCAGCGAUCCCAUGUAGACGAGUUGUUGAAUGCCAGGACUGAAGUUGAGGCAUGAAGAAGGGAGGACUAGCUCAGAGUAUAUCGACGGGACGUCCUAUGACCUAUGCGACCAUGUAUUUUUAAGUAUUGCUUGGAGUUUGGGAGCUACACUGGUGGGUUUCACAUCUACAAGCAUCUAUAUCGGGUUUGGCACGACCAGACGAAGGCUGUAACCUUCAAAGCUGCAGGCAGGCAGCUGCGCCGAUCGAUCGAGAUGGUUGUUCGCUCUCAACAAUUUGGAAGAACAAUGAAAUGAUCGCUCACACCAUCUUUCCGAGCCCACCACAAG